AUGGAUGAAAAGAUGAAGUUGCUAGUAAUUCUGUGCUUUGCGUAUGCGGUAAGGGGGGACUUUUCCCGUUCCUGUUCAUCAAAGGGGAAAGUGCUGAUUUGUAAGAAGGUGAAGGAGGACCUCACAUGCGAGAAUGCAGGGCGGAAACUGCUCAAUGCAGAACGUCUGAUCAUGAUCAAUCCCCACAGCCAGAGAGUGACCAUAACACCACAGUGUCUCCCCAAUCUGCGCACGAUCGAGGUUGACAGAUCUGGCACCAUGAACUGCUCUGAUUUUGCUGGUUUCCCAAUUGUGAUUAUCAACAGGAGCUACUGCACUUAUUCGACAACAUCUACGCCUCGUCCCGUCUCCGGCAAACCCCCAGGAGAGAAAACCAGAACGACGGAGACAACGACAGAGACCGUCAAUCGGACACUAGCAACCCCUGAUUUGGUAACUAAUCAGACUUCAACGGAGAACACGACCCUCUACAGCACCAUCAAACCUUACCCCAUGGAUGGCGAUGAUAAAAGAGAAAAAGUCUCUUCCUUGGUGGCAGCUGUCGUGACUCUGAGCAUCCUGUCACUGUUAUUGCUCGCUGUCGUCUUUCUUCUGUUGACAAAGAAACGUUUUUGCCGCAGACGACUCGCAAAGAUACCACCAGCAGAAGACCUUGGAAGCUCCGAGACAAUUUUUCUUCGGGACACCAGCAGAAACCCUUUUUCUGAUUCGAUGAAACAGGAAUGA